AUUAAAAAAAUACAUGUGUUUUGAAAGUACAGUGUUUUUCAGUCAAACAUGUGUUGUACUUGUCUUAUGAUGAAGUAAUUGAUACAAACAAUUGGAAAGACAUUCAACAUCUGAUCCAAUCAAACCAAACCGACAACACAAUGGUCCUCAAGAAACUGGAUAAUCGUCUGAAAGUAUUGAUCGAGAAUGGUAUCAAUUUGGGACACCGAUCCAUGUUUGUGGUCGUCGGCCAAAAAGCCAAAGAUCAGGUACCGAUAUUGCAUGAAAUGCUAUCGAAAUGUCAGGUCAAAAGUCGGCCAACAGUUCUCUGGUGUUAUAAGAAAGAGUUGGGAUUUUCCACUCAUCGGAAGAAACGGAUGAGACAGUUGAACAAAAAGAAGAAAGCGGGCAUCGAUUUGGACAACGAUGAGGAUCUGUUUAUGACAUUUGUUGCCCAAACAAACAUACGUUACAGUUAUUAUAAUGAAACCCAUAAGAUAUUGGGACAAACGUUUGGUAUGCUUGUACUUCAAGAUUUUGAGGCCAUAACACCCAAUCUAUUGGCCCGAACUGUCGAAACGGUUGAAGGCGGCGGUAUUGUUGUUGUCCUAUUGAACGCAAUUGAUUCACUUAAGCAGUUAUAUACGAUGACAAUGGAUGUACAUUCAAGAUAUCGUACGGAAGCCCAUCAGGACGUUAUCAAUAGGUUUAACGAACGAUUCAUUUUGUCGAUAGUUUCGUGCAAAAUGUGUGUCUGUGUCGACCACAGGCUAAACAUACUGCCCGUAUCGUCACAUUUGGCCGAUCUUAUAGCUGUUCCCCGGAAAGAUUCGUCGACACCGUUGUCGCCGAACGAUACAGAAUUAGGCGAAAUGCGCCAACAGUUGGCCGACACACAACCGAUCGGUUCGAUAAUCAAUUUGUGCAAAACACUGGAUCAGGCAAAAGCUGUCCUCAAGUUUGUCGAUACGAUUUCGGAGAAAACACUGAAUUCGACCGUAUCGUUGACCGCUGGCAGAGGUAGAGGCAAAUCGGCUGCACUCGGACUGGCAAUAUCGGCGGCCAUUGCAUUCAACUAUUCAAAUAUUUACGUUACGUCGCCGUCGCCCGAAAAUUUGAAGACAUUGUUUGAGUUUGUGCUCAAAGGUUUUGAUGCCAUUCAUCUGAAAGAACAUCUGGAUUACGAUAUCAUUCAGUCGACAAACGUUGAGUUCAACAAAGCCGUCGUCCGAAUCAAUGUGUUUCGAGAACACAGACAAACCAUUCAAUAUAUUCAUCCAACAGAUGCUCUGAAGAAUAAAAUAUUGUCCCAAUCGGCCGAACUGGUGAUCAUUGACGAGGCGGCAGCCAUUCCGCUACCAAUUGUCAAAUCAUUGAUUGGUCCGUAUUUGGUAUUCAUGUCGUCGACAAUCAACGGCUACGAAGGAACUGGUCGUUCACUAUCAUUGAAACUACUGCAACAACUCAGACAACAGAGCGCUAGUUUAGGACACAAAGCGGGAACAGCUGUCACGGGUCGUACUUUACACGAACUAACACUAAACGAGUCGAUUCGUUAUCAAAAUGGUGAUCACGUCGAACAAUGGCUCAAUAAAUUGUUAUGUCUGGAUGCGACUAUUGUCGAAUCGGUUCCGAUCGGCGGUUGUCCACUUCCCGAUAACUGUAAUCUAUAUUAUAUUAAUAGAGACACAUUGUUUAGCUUUCAUAAGGCAUCCGAAGAGUUUCUUCAGCGAAUUAUGGCACUGUAUGUGUCGUCUCAUUACAAGAACACACCGAACGACUUGCAGAUGAUGUCUGACGCACCACAACAUCAUCUGUUUUGUCUGUUGCCGCCAAUCAGUGACAAACAUCGAUCUAAAGGCAAAAUACCUGAUGUAUUGUGUUUUAUUCAAGUCUGCUUCGAAGGACAGAUAUCUGAAGACUCCAUUACGAACAGUCUGUCUCGUGGCAGACGAGCCGCUGGUGAUCUGAUUCCGUGGACAAUAUCGCAACAGUUUCAGGAUUCACACUUUGGUUCGCUAUCGGGAGUACGUGUUAUCAGGAUUGCCACAAAUCCUAACUACCAGGGAAUGGGAUACGGAUCGCGUGCACUGAAACUCUUGGAAGACUAUUUUUGUGGUCAAUUCAAUAUUGAUCUCAACGAAAAUGAAGCGACAAUUGAGUCGACCGAUAGCGAUGGUCAAAGCAAGACAUUGCCGCCAUUAUUGUUGGCAUUAAACGAACGAAAAGCUGAACACUUGGACUAUUUGGGCGUUUCGUUUGGUUUAACCAGUGAUUUGCUGAAGUUCUGGAAGAAAUCUGGUUUUGUUCCGAUCUAUUUGAGACAAACACCAAAUGAAUUGACUGGAGAGCACUCAUGUAUUAUGUUAAAGGUAUUGAACGAGUCAUCCAUUGAAGAUAAUAUCACAGCUUCUCAGCUUAGAUCCAAUAAUUGGCUCAAAGAGUUUUGGAUAGACUUCAGGCGACGUUUCAUAUCAUUACUGUCCUAUCAGUUCAGUAAAUUUGGAUCAGCUUUUGCACUAAAUAUUCUCCACAACACAAACAUCAAAACAGUUGACAAUACAGAUGUCAAACAAUUGAAUAAAGAAGAACUGGAAGUUCAUUUGACUUUAUAUGAUUUGAAACGUCUGGAACUGUAUUCACAAAAUCUUGUCGAUUAUCAUCUGAUUGUAGAUCUGUUGCCAAUCGUUGCCAGACUUUAUUUUACCCAAAGAUUUAGUUCGCAAAUUCAUUUAUCGCACGUUCAGAACGCCAUUCUCUUGAGUAUUGGUUUACAACACAAAGACAUCGAUGACAUAACCAAUGAAUUAGGUCUGCCUUCCGGUCAAGUGUUGGGUUUGUUUAGUCGUGUCAUCAAAAAGUUUGCAAACUAUUUGAAAGCAAUUGAAGAGAAAUCCAUUGAAAAGACAUUAACAAACAUUAAAUCAUUUGAUGAAAACAAGUUACGACCCAUCAGUCAGACACUGGACGACGAGUUAGAAGAAGCGGCACAAGUGGUCCAAAGGUCUGAGAAGAAACAAUUCAAAGAGUUGUCUAAAGAUUUGGCUCAGUAUGCCAUCAAAGGAUCGGAGGAUGACUGGGAUAGUGCACUGAAAGGCAGCAAAAAGACAUUGAUUUCCAUCAAAAGUCUUGCAAAGCGAUCGAUUGGCGAUGAAAGCGGUGACCAAAAGUCUAACGAAAAAAAUCAUAAAAAGCAAAAAAAGUUUAAGAAAUUUAAGAAAAACAAAAAUCAUUGAUUGAAAUGAUUUUUUUUUAUUAAAAUUUAUAUUUGACUUCAAUAUUGUUGAUAACUUAUAAGACAAUUAUUUUAUUAAUAUUAAACUAAAUACCAUUAA